AUGGAGGAGCGGUCUUACCCCUCAGAAGGAGAGGUGCCCUCGCGGCCUUGCGUCUUGUACACAGAGAGCCUCAACAGCGUGCGACGGACAACUCGCUCAGACAACAACAGGAUCGAGUCGCUGUUCACCACCCGACUGGAACCAUAUGAUUACGAGGGCCUCUACACCCAUAGCAGCAGUGAGUCCAUCAACAAGAGCGAUUCGCUCGAUACCUUCUAUGCCGCUCGAUCUCCUCAGGGGCUCCCGACGCGACAGCGACCGCUCCCAUCCUUCUUCAAGCGCUGCUUCCAAUACAUCCUGGACAACUUCUCGACGGUCUCGCUGGUGGUCAGCGUGUGCGUGUCUAUCCCCGUGGCGUUCUACAAAUGGCACAUUGCCAGCCAAGACGAGAUUUCCAUCGCAACCAUCCAGUUCCAGGAAACAGCUGCAAAUGUCGCCACCGCGUUGAAAGCCGAAAUUAACACUUCAACAUUCUACACCAAGAUGAUGGCCAACUAUUUCGUUGCCGAGAACAACACACUUGGUCGAGUCAGGUUCCGGGUUGCCACGCAUACAUCGUUCUGGGCCAACGAUUUUCUCCAGGGUAUCGCCUUCUGUCCCUACGUCGUCGGCGAUGAGCAGCGCCAGUUCUGGGAAAACGAGGGCCGGGCCAACUACAGCCCCAACUACACAUUUACGGAAAUGACCCCGAAUGGCACCUUGAUUCCGGCAAAUCGCCACCCUGCCUAUGUGCCGGUGCAGUACGAGGAGCCUGUCGAAGCAAACCGACCAGCGAUUGGUUUCGAUCUCUAUUCUGAGCCAUCGAGGCGGGAUGCAAUCGACAAGGCUGCUCGAACGGGCCGACUGACUGUCACAGCCCGUCUCGAGCUUGUGCAAGUGCCGAGCCGGACGGAAUACGGUAUCUUGGUGUUUGUCCCGCUCUUCCGGGUCAACAAUACGGUGGUGCCUGUGGUUGCGAAUCAGCCCCAGUCGUUGUGGGCGUUGAUAGCGGGUGUCACCAGAAUCGACCGCGUCGUUUAUCUGGGGGCCUCCAGCCUCACGCUCCCAUCCAAGUCUGUGGUGCUCCUCUUUGAUACGAGCUCGCCGACAGGGCAGCAGUAUCUCGGCCAUUACAAUCCCAGCAACGAGAAUCCAAAGUUUGAUAAUUUCACAUAUCUCAGCACCCUCUCGCCCGACAACCUGCCUGCCGAUCUGCUGUACACAACGCCAAUAAGCUUUGUUGACCGUGACUGGUCUCUGGUGGUGAUUGCGACACCCGGUUUCCUGGACUCGCAGCGGACGUUUGUGCCCACUCAAGUCUUCCUGGUCUCGCUCAUCGAGCCCGUGCUUGCCAUUGCCUUUCACUUCUAUCUGCUGGCGCGGCAGCGGAUGCGCACCACCCAGCCGGCGCUUCCGUAUCAGUUCUUGCACGAGGGAGCACCUGGAGCCGUCACCAUUUCUCCCGCCCAUCCUGUGCUGACGUCUCCCCCGGCCUGCGCGGCCUUGGAUGCCGAUCCUUCUUCGGCCCGCUCACGACAGCGAACCAUCAUGCAAAAGGGCAACACAAAGCGGGUUGCCCCACACCGCAUCAACUUGAUCGCCCAUCAGAAGGAGCGCCUCGACUCCCUCAAGGAUGUCUACGACACAUAUGCAGAUUUCAUCGAGACUCUCCUCGACAAUCUGCUCUCGCUCUACAACACUGCCCCGGUCCGCUUCUCGUCCGGUGCCCUCCAGCGGCUGCACUCGAUUGGACUUGCCAUUGGGCAGAAGGGCGCCUCGACGACCCUGACCCUGAAAUCAUCUCGUGAACAGUCCGAGCCGGCCCACCAGGACGGGUGCUCUGGCGACCUGCGCUCCAGCCCGUCGUCGGAUGCAAACUCAUCCACGGACCUGUCCACAAAUGCCAAGUCAGCGACCACGCCGUCGUCGCCGUUCUGGCGCAUCUGGAUUCCGGCCUCGACCAUGGCCAAGAUGAUCGUCCUUCGAGGCCGGUGCGCCCCAGCAGAGGCCAAGAAGCUGGCGACCUGGGAGUUUGUCGAGAUGAUGCUGGAUCUCUUUGAAAUGAAGAACGAAGGUGCCCUCCAGAGCGGAUUCCUAGAGUCUGCCGUCGACACCACCGGCUUCGAUUCGGCGAGCAUGUGCAGCGACGGCGGCAGCGCCAGAGCCACGCCUUCCCAAUCCUCGUCACUCCCGAGCGACUUUAGCAGCCCCGUGGAGCCUGUUCUGGCGCUGCAGGCGCAUCCCGACACCAAGUGGCCAGCAUGGCUGCCCGGAACCAAUCAGUUUGCUGUCUCGGACGAGCUUGUGCACGAUGCACUGCGGCACUUUUUCAAGGCCAAUGACGCUGCGCAGAAGCUCGUGGGAUGCGGUGUCGGAACGUAUGUUUCCAUGGGUCUUUUAUACGAGCCCUACCUCCGGGCUAGCUGGGGCUACCAGCCAGAGCACCUCAAGUUCACGCUUCUCACCGCUGGACUCUGGAUGAAGCGCCAAGGCAGCGCUCCCCUGUCCUUUAUUAUGCCGCUUUUUGCCAAAGCCCGGGAGUUGACCAUGGAGGCCAUCGAAACACCAACGCUGGAACUGGUCCAGUCUCUGCUUCUGGUCGGUCGGCAGGCUUUUUAUAUGGGCGACUUCAAGCUUCUCUGUCGCUUCAUCAAAAUGGCCAUACACGCAGCUCAGUUCCUCAAGAUAGAUCGUCCGUCGUGGUAUGUCGGCAAGACCUGGCUUGAGGCCGAGCAUGCCCGUCGUGCCUGGUACCAGUGCGUGUAUCUCAACUACCUGGUAGCCAGCCACAUCAUGGCAUACCAAUCGCCCGAGUCGGAGCCGACGCACCUGACCGUGCAUUCGCCGCCGACAAACGAGUACCUCUGGACGAAUCUGUCGGACUCUAUGGACUUGACUACUGUGCCAGCGGCGCCGUUUGCUGUCGAUCCAUAUAUACCCACGUACGCCAUCGAUCUGCUCAAGUUUGUCCAGAUCCAGCAGCAGGCCAUACAGUACCUCUCGCUCUUCAACAACGGCCUGCCCGAGUUCAACGCCGAAACAUACGAACUGGAAACGGCCCGGAUCGAAGAAUAUCGCCUGUGGCAGAGCCUGACGCUCACGACCCUAUCCAACUGGUAUGCCAGCCUGCCCGGCUGGAUGACCAACCUGGACAAUGUCCUCGACGACAACAAGAGAAACAUCCUUGGCCGGCUUUCGCUCGAGAUCAUCCACUGGAACACCAUGUUCUACGGCACCAUGAUGCUCGUCAACUAUCCGGCCGCCAUCGAGGAGCUCUGGCGAGACGAGCACUCUAACAGCCAGACAUCGAUCGCAAUCGGGACCUGUCUUUCGACCAACGAAAUCUUCCGACAUCUCGUUGGCAUGAUCUACACCCUGGAGCGAGACCACUGCCACGACAAGUCCUUUUUGCUGAACAACUUUAUACCGAUAUGCCGAAUGAUCAAUAUCAUUUCGUACCGGCUCAACCCGGCCCAGCCGAUCGAGCCGUUGAUCAUGAAAUGGAUCCGAAACGACCAGUACAGCCACCAGCCCCGGCCCCAGUUCACCGAGCACCCGUCAAAGUUCUUCAAGGACAUCUUCCGCAAGAGCAUGAUCCGGAUCUCGCCGCGGGUCCGCAGCCGCGAGAUUGCGCGCGAGGCCGUGAGGCGCUACCGGUCGCUGAUCUACUCGGUCUGGGACCUGGCGAUGGGGCCGUGGGUGCCCCAGGACCUGUGGAAUCAAGUUGCAGCCGACCUGGGUCUCUCUCAGUUCAUUGUACAGGGAUGCACCGUCAAUAUCCAGGAGCUCGAUCCGAUCUUCUUGAGCCAGUUUGACGUUAUCCGAUCCAAGUCAUGACCCAAGUCAUGACCAGCCCCCCUCCUCCCACAACCGAUGCGACCCCCGUUAUGUUGUGUUGUGUUGUUCCUGCCGCGACUGUGCGUCCUCCUCACCAUGUAUAUAGACGACCCAUGCUGUACUGCACUGUCGAUAGCUGUCUCGCUUUUGCUCCCAUGGACCGUGCACUAUGGUUUGGUGCACCACAAGGCCGGAGGA